AAACUGUCAAAAUAAAAUCAUAAAAUCGCCUUCGUUGUGUCACGGUCUACUCUAAAAUCAGAUUUUGUAUUGGUUGUAAUUCGUAUAUUCACCAAUUCGCCAGUAAGCAAAAGAUUAUAAAGUGUAAAGUUUGUUCAUUAUUUAUUAAUUGUUUUUAGUAACUUGAGACUUUUGAGAUAUUGAAAAGAAUUUGCAACAGUCGCCAUGAACCCGAUGUCAAUGGACAGAGAUGAACCUUCUUCGUUGUUAUCUUUUUCAACGAACCAUCCUUUGGAACAGUUUGUGUUGUUAGCGAAAGGAGCUAAAGGAUCAGCAUGUGCGGAACUUAUCAAACAGGUUUUAGAAGCACCAGGGGUCCACGUAUUUGGAGAGCUUCUUGAAAUGCCGAAUAUAAAAGAGUUGGAAACUGGACCUUACGCAACUCAUCUGAAGACACUUAAUCUAUUUGCAUAUGGCACAUACAAAGACUACUUGGAGAAUAAGUCUGAUUACCUAGAACUAACUCCAGCUCAAUGCAAGAAAUUGCAACACUUGACUAUUGCUACGCUGGCAACACAGGAGAAAUGUAUACCUUAUAGCGUGUUACUGAAAGAAUUAGAUAUAAAAAAUGUAAGAGAUUUGGAGGAUCUCAUUAUAGAAGCUAUUUAUGCAGACAUAAUCCAUGGCAAGUUAGAUCAAGAAUGUAAACGCGUAGAAGUUGACGUUGCAUUGGGUCGAGAUGCUCGCCUUGAAGAUGCUUCUGCCAUCGCCGAUGUCCUAGCAGACUGGUGCAAUGCUUGCGAAGCCGUCCUCAAUUCUGUUGACAGACAUAUACUGCGAGCCAAUCAUCAUAAACAAAGAGCUAUUAGGCAUCAACAGAAUAUUGAUCAGGAGAUUCAGUACAUUAAGAAGACUUUGAAAUCGCAAGUAGAGAAUGACGAGUCCGCUACGGGUGGUGGCAGCGAGACUCAUUCCGCGCCAAAGAAGAACUCGGGCAAAGGCAAGACUCCCCGCAAUGCCGCCAAGUUUUGGCAGAAGAACACAUAACUAUUGCCCACCUGCAAUCAUAGAUAUUUUAAAAUAAAUCUGUAAUUUUUGUGAUACUGAUAAUAAACUCUUUAAGUAUGCUCUCGAAA